AAAUCAAAGAAGAAAAAAAUAAAAAAAUUAAAAAAACAAUAAUGGCAGAAGAAAAUUUUUGGGAACCAACAAUAAAAGCAUUUGAGGGAUUAUUUUAAAAACCUAAAAUGCGUGAUAAGCUUCUACAAAAGCCUCCCUUUUAAUAUUUAUUUGACAUUGUAAUGGCUACUACUGAUGCUACAGGAUUUGGUGAAGGUUUAUACACUGAUGAAGAAAAAAACUCUUAAUUUUACCAAAACCGUGAUUAAAAGAUAACAUUUUUAAAGAAAAUAAUAGAUCUAACGCAAUAUGCUAUAAAAUAAGAAUUACCAGCGAAACCAAAUAAAAUUGUUGCUGGUUUAGAACCUGAAAAUACUAAUAUCUUUCUUAUAGAGUUACAUAGAUCGGCUACUACACCCGAAAUAAACAAAAAUGGACCUAAAAUUAUAAAAAAAUUAUUGGCUAAAUAUUCGUAAAAAGAAGGAAGUGCUUAGGAAAAAACAUAGGAGAAGCCUGCUGAAAAUAAUAGGAAAAACCGGCUGAAAAAGUAUAGGAAAAGCCUUAAUAAAAAAGAGAAAAAAUAAGAAGAAAAAAAAUAAGAAGAAAAAAAAUAACCUCUUUAAAAAAAAUCUACAGUAGAAAUCGAAGCACCUCCUAUUUAAUAAUAAUAAAAAAAAGAAGCUCCUUAAAUUUAAUAAUAAUAGACUAAAGUAGCUUAAUAAAGACCUACUAGUUCUAUGCGAGCUCCUCCAAAAGUCUAAGAUAACUCCAAAGUAGUGGAAAAUACACAUAAAGGAAAUACUAAUAAGAACAUCAAUUUAAGUGGAAAAGGACACUCUAAAUUUACAUAAGAAGCCUUAAAUGAUGGAUUAAAUUAAACCGGAAAAAAUCAAAACAUGAAUUAAAAUGCAAAUUAACAAGAAGGAGAAGAUGUUUAAGGUAAUUAAAUUAAAAUGUAAUUAAGAAAAGGCAAAAAAAAAAUGAAAAUACUACUAUUAAUAAUAAUAAUGCUAAUAAUAGUAAUAAUAAUACUACUAAUAAUAAUAGUAGUAGUAAUAAUUAAAAUGACAUUUAAGCUUUAUUAUAAAUGGUUUAGGAAAUUUCAAAAAACGCAAAUCCUUUGGGUAAAUCACUUGAAUUUAUUUCAGAUGAUAUAGAAAGUAUGA